AUGGCGGACCACCACCACAACCUCCUCUCCGAUCCUGUCCUCCAACCCUUCCUUUCCGACUCCUUCUCCCCAACUUCUUACCUCAAUUCUACAUUACCUCCACUCUCAGCUACUGCAGUCAUAUCCUCUUCUUCUCCCACGGUUUCCCUCCAGAAGCUCCACACAACAGCUACCACUCUUCUCUCCAACCUCGACGCUCACCUGAACCGUCUACAAUCCACCCUCUCAACUCUCACCGAUGAAAUCCUCCGUGCCACUCCCAGGCUAUCCUACGAACUUCAAGUCCUCCGGAGCGAUGUGAUAUCCUUGGCUGAUACGUUAUCUUCAACUCGGACCCGUCAAUUGACAGAAUGUAUGGCCGAUAUAUCUUUGGAGGAAUCACCCAACACCCCUCUAGAAGGAACCGGGGACAAAGAAAGAAGAAAAUCCGAAGUUUCAAAUACCCAGGGGAAACCUCAGGUCCUUAAACGACUCGAAACUCUCACACUGGUCCGCCGCCAUCUCGAGGAUGUAAUCAAAGUCUUCGGAGAAGCGAUGGAAUGGACCCUUACGGACGUCCAAAAAACUUCAAUCCCACUACCAACAACUACGACAUCUUCCUUGGGUGCCUACAUCCCCCCGUCUCGGUCACCAUCGCCGGCAGUAAUGGAUGGUCGUAAGCGGUCUGGCCAGAGUAGCAACAACCCUGCGACUGGAUCCGACAAAUUUACUGAUGAAAUAUCAUAUUUUCUCUUGAACGGGGAAGUCGACAAAGCCACACAAAAGGUCGAGGAUUUAGCCAAACUAUGCGAGGUUUGGAAGAAUACUAGUGAAUACGAUGCUCGUUUGCGAUUCGUAGAGAAUCUAAGAUGGCAGGUUAUGGAGGCUACCAAGGCUGAAGAGCCAAGUGUUGUGGAAAAGAAGGACAAUGACAGAGGAGUCUACACUAUAAACCUUCCCGAGGUCUCGUUACCGAAGGAUGGGUACCUAGGUUUUAUAAACCAGUUCAAGCAGAUGAGAGAUAGUAUCGGUCAGUCUGGUCUGUGA